AUGGAAUUCACAGGCUUUGGGGACGUUUUUUCGAAUCUUGCCAGCUUCGGCUGCUCAGGCAGUGCGGUUCCUGUGGCCAGGGCUAGGGUGCAACUGGCUGCAGGACGCGUUCCCGCCAGCAUUCGCAAGCUUGACGCCUCAUCCAAAUGGCUGGUCACCGCUGGACAGACAGCGGCUGUAGUCAUCCGCCAUGAUAUAUUGAGUCCAUACAUCGUGCUAGGUGGCAUCGCGGCAUCACUUUUCACUGCGAAGAUCAAGCGCAUCGUCAACCAGCGGAGACCACCAGGAUCUCCGCUGACAGAUCCCGGGAUGCCCUCUUCCCAUGCGCUUGUUGCGACCUUUAUGUCGGUGGCAUGGGCCACUCAAGUCCAGCCAGAACUGCUCCUUUUAACAAUUGUGCCAGCAUGCCAUUCGGUUGCGGUUGCGCAUCAGAUUCCUCCAUACGGCAACGAGUUCGGUCAGGCUCAGGUUGGCGUGGGUGCGACGGCAGGGACGCUUCUGUCCGUGGCCUGGAUGCUGCUUGGCCAGGACAUCAUCAGAAGCCCCACGAGUUUAGAAACGAAGGUAGUGUAUGCACUGUACAUCAUCUUCAGUGCCCUCUUCCUUGCGAAGCAGUUUCGCAAGGGCCGUUCCCGCAAGAAGGAGGAAGCCAUGUCGCCCAGUAUGAGCUGA